UACAAGAGAUCAGAUCUUUACAGGAGGAAUAAAGUGUUGAUUAGUGAACUCAGCGUGUCUCGCCCUGGUACAAAAGACCUGUAUUUCGAUAGUCAAUAUUCACAGCCAUUUUGGACCCAAUGUAUGGCUUGCCUUUGGAAGCAACACUGGUCAUACUGGCGUAAUCCCGCUUAUACUGCAGUCAGAUUGCUCUUUACAGUCUUCGUCGCCUUGGCCAUAGGGACAAUGUUCUGGGAUCUUGGUACUAAAGUGGGUAAGAGCCAAGAUGUAUUUAAUGCUAUGGGAUCAAUGUAUGCUGCUGUCUUUUUCCUUGGUUUUCAAAAUACAGCAUCAGUGUUGCCCGUUGUAGCCAUUGAGCGUACAGUAUUUUACAGAGAAAGAGCUGCUGGAAUGUAUUCUGCCUUCCCUUAUGCCUUUGGACAAGUUUUCAUUGAAAUGCCGUAUGUCUUUGUGCAAGCUGUUUUGUAUGGCGUCAUUGUCUAUGCUAUGAUUGGAUUUGAAUGGACAGUAACCAAGUUCUUUUGGUACUUGUUCAUCACGUAUUUCACUCUCUUGUACUUCACCUUUUAUGGUUUGAUGAGCGUUGCAGUUACUCCAAAUCAACAUAUUGCACAAAUUGUUGCUCUCUUCUUCUUUGCCAUGUGGAAUCUUUUCUCAGGAUUCAUUAUUCCACGACCUCGUAUGGCCAUAUGGUGGAGAUGGUACUAUUGGGGUUGUCCUGUUUCCUGGACUUUGUAUGGUUUGGUUGUAUCACAAUUUGGAGACCUCCAAAACAAAAUAACUGAUAAUGAAACAGUCGAACAAUUCUUGAGACGUUACUUCGGGUUCAAACAUGAUUUUCUUGGAGUAGUUGCAGUUGUGACUGUUGCAUAUGCUGUUGUUUUUGCCUUCACAUUUGCUUUGGCUAUUAAAGUAUUCAACUUCCAGAAAAGAUAGAAGAUGUUAUACCUGCUGAAGAUCUAUACGAGGAAAAUCGAAGAAUAGAUUGAUUAUAAAACUCAGUGUAUACAGGUUACCACUUGAAGAAGUAUACAUAUAUGUUCUGUUUGUAUUGGAUCAUGUUACUAUAUUUGUUUAGCCAUAUAUUGGAGUUCAGGCACAAAACUGAUUGAUUCACUUUCUUUCUAUUUCAAGACAUCAACUGUAGUAACAAUUAUGAAGCACAUUUCAGUAAAGAGAAUUCUUCCUCAAAUGAUAAAGAAAAGGAAUACAAUA